AUUCUCAAGAACCUAUAAGUAAUGAGGCUUUUUGGUUGUAAUUAAAGCUCAGAAAACCGGAAAAUAAGACAGUGUGGGGAGUACGAUAAUCUGGCAGCACUGAGGUGAAGGCGGCGGUGACAGAACAGACAGACUCGUGACAUCAAAAAAACGCAAAAUGCAUCCUCAGAUCAUCUUAAUGAAGGAGGGGACGGACUCCUCUCAGGGCACCCCACAGCUUAUCUCCAACAUCAAUGCCUGCGCAGCGGUGGUGGAUGCCGUGCGCACCACCCUGGGGCCCCGCGGCAUGGACAAGCUCAUCGUGGACGGCAAGGGCCAGGCCACCAUCAGCAACGACGGCGCCACCAUCAUGAAGCAGCUUGACAUCGUUCACCCUGCCGCCAAGACUCUGGUGGACAUCGCCAAGUCACAGGACGCUGAGGUCGGGGACGGAACCACCACGGUCGUGCUGCUGGCGGGGGAGCUGCUGAACCAGUGCAAACACCUGAUUGAGGAGGGCGUCCACCCCCACGCCAUCAUCAGGGCCUUCAGACGCGCCACACAGCUGGCCAUUGAGAAGAUCAACGAGAUAGCCGUCAAAAUCAACAAGCAGGACCCCGUUGAGCUGCGAUCCAUCCUGGAGAAGUGUGCCGGCACCUCCCUCAACAGUAAGCUGAUCCACCAGCAGAAGGACUUCUUCGCCAAGAUGGUGGUGGAGGCCGUCAUGUCCCUCGACCUCCUCCUGCCCCUGGACAUGAUUGGCAUUAAGAAGGUCACCGGUGGAGCCCUGGAGGAGUCCCGGUUGAUCGACGGCGUGGCGUUCAAGAAGACCUUCUCGUACGCCGGCUUUGAGAUGCAGCCCAAGCACUAUGACGACCCCAAGAUUGCCCUGCUGAACAUCGAGCUGGAGCUGAAGGCCGAGAGGGACAACGCGGAGAUCAGGGUGAACAAUGUGGAGGAGUACCAAAAGAUCGUGGACACUGAGUGGAAGAUCCUUUACGAGAAGCUUGACCUCAUCCACAAGUCCGGGGCCAAGGUGGUGCUCUCCAAGCUGCCCAUCGGGGACGUCGCCACACAGUACUUCGCCGACAGGGACAUGUUCUGUGCGGGCCGCGUGGUGGAGCAGGACAUGAAGCGCACCAUCAAGGCCUGCGGUGGCGCCAUCAUGUCCACCGCACACGACCUCUGCGACUCCGUUCUCGGCACUUGCAAGAAGUUCGAGGAGAAGCAGAUCGGAGCUGAGAGAUUCAACCUCUUCAUGGGCUGCCCUCAGGCUAAGACGUGCACCAUUGUCCUGCGUGGCGGCGCAGAGCAGUUCCUCGAGGAGACGGAACGCUCCCUUCACGAUGCCAUCAUGAUCGUGCGCCGUGCCCUCAAACAUGACGCUGUGGUGGCAGGUGGCGGCGCAGUGGAGUUGGAAGUGAGCAAAUAUCUGCGUGAGCACUCCCGGAACAUCGCCGGCAAGGAGCAGCUGUUCAUGGCCGCUUACGCCAAGGCCCUGGAGGUGAUUCCCCGUCAGCUGUGUGACAACGCCGGCUUUGACUCCACUAUUAUCCUCAACAAGCUGAGGGCGCGUCAUGCUGAAGGCGGCAAGUGGUUUGGGGUUGAUGUGAUGAACGAGGACAUCGCCGACAACUUCAUCGCCUGCGUGUGGGAGCCGGCGCUGGUCAAGAUCAACGCCCUCACCGCCGCCUCAGAAGCCACCUGCCUCAUCCUAUCCGUGGACGAGACCAUCAAGUCCCCACGCUCCUCCCAGGACGGCCCUCCCAUGCCAGGCCGGGGCAGGGGCAGGCCUAUGUAGGGGGUGACUUGGGACCAGUAACCAGGGCACACAGGGGGAGCAGAGGGUGGGGGUCUAUGUCUGACCUUCCUUAUAGGGGUCAUGAAGGGAAAGGUAGAGUUGGGGUCAUAUGGUAUAGCUGCGUGUGACCUCAGUGCUCAUCUCUGUCACACUGGCCCUUGAGUCUGUGGUGGGUGAGAACCUUCCUGACCUCGUUUCUGUAAUAGGUUAUUGUGGGUUGACCUGGCAAUGUGCUUUAAAUAGGGUCAAAAGGGGUCAUCAAAAGCUCUGUCUUGACCUCCGUUUAAAGAUGGGAUGAUCAGAGUGAACUUGCGUGACCUUAUCUUUGCAGUGCAGCGGGUAAAAAGGUCGGUGGAUUCCAACUUGAUCUCAUAAUUAUUACUGAGAACUGUGAAUGCCUGACCACCAGAACCCAAUAUAUACUCUUCUGCUUCUUUCUCUUCUUCAUUUAGUCCUUUCUUUGGGUCGGACCUUGCAAUGAUCUAGAACCCCACACUGAAGGUCACAAUGCCUCCACGACCCCUCAGCUCCAGGAGAAGGAAGGGUCAACACGGGUCAGCACAAGCCCACUCGACCCUUGCCUAUCCUUGCCCACUCACUAAUAGCCUCACACACCCACUAAAGUUGCCCUGUGCUGCCCCGCCCGCCCCGCCCCUAGGUAGCCGGGGCCUAACACCACCUACGCCACCGCCGCCGCUGUUCUGAGCCGCCGCUGCUGCUCCAGUGUGUUCGUCUAGCGUCAAGCAAGCCUCAUCACCUCACAUGCCUAAUAUUUCCCUUUUUUGUAUAAUAAACGAUCAAACACU